CGUCCAACCGGAGGGGAGGGGGGAGACGCAUUCUCCCCGAGUACACACAAGCAGCGGCCACAUCCACUGUAGACAAAUCCGUGUUCAGUGACGUGUUUUGUAUUAGCCUUUUUUUUAAUGCAUGUUCAACCCUUUUCCAUCUCUGGCUGAUUUAAAUUUAACCAGGAAUUGCAGUCCCUCGCGUGCUUCUUAUUUCAUCAACUCUUAUCAUCCCCCCUUUUCUAUUUAUUUAUUUUUUGCCUCGAUAGACCCGUUAUUCAGCCCAUCCACCGUCCACCCCCUAUCUUCUUUUUCCCUCCAUCUCCUUCUCUCUGGGAGUGCGACGCGCUGCGAAUCUCCUGAAAUAAAAAAUAAAUACAGCAGCUGCAGAGCAGUGACCAUGGUGCAAGUUUUCUGCUAACAGAGGACGGACGGAGAGCGGGACGAGCGUCCAAGCCACAACCUCCACCAGCGGCAGCUUUCCAGUGAGAAAGGAAGAAAGACAGAGAGAGAACAAGAGAAAGAGGCAAAAAAGAGUGGGAACGUGAGCACGAAGGAGAGAGGGGCGCGGGUGAAAACAGUCGAUGGAUGCUGUCCGGAUUGAGGGGACAGCACGUUCUUCACUGACGAGGAAAAGAAAGAUUUCAAAAUUGAGUCGAAGGAUAGAAACUCGCCGUCAGGCAUGGUGUGUGAGAAGGGGAUCCAGAUCCUCCUCACCACCGUGGGGGCAUUCGCUGCCUUCGGCCUGAUGACGGUGGCAAUAGGGACGGACUACUGGCUGUACUCCCGUGCCCUCAUCUGCAACAGCACAGCCAACGUUACCCAGGAUGACCCCCACAACAAGGACAAGAAGGAUCCUGGGGCGCUCACCCACUCUGGACUGUGGAGGAUAUGCUGCCUGGAAGGAGUAAAGCGAGGAGUGUGUUCUCAGAUCAACCACUUCCCAGAAGAUGCAGACUUUGACCAUGACGGGGCAGAGUACGUCCUACGGGUAGUCAGGGCUUCCAACAUCUUCCCCAUCCUCAGUGCCAUCCUGCUGCUGAUGGGAGGCAUGUGCAUCGCUGCUAGUCGUUUCUAUAAGAGCAAAAGGAACAUCAUCCUCGGGGCGGGAAUCCUCUUUGUGGCUGCAGGUCUGAGUAAUAUAAUUGGUGUGAUCGUGUACAUCUCGGCUGCACUGGGGGACAUCUCUCCUAAGAAGGACGAGGAUAAGAAGUGGCAGUACUCCUACGGUUGGUCCUUUUACUUUGGAGGCCUGUCCUUCAUCAUGGCCGAGAUGGUGGGGGUGCUGGCUGUCAACAUCUACAUCGAGAAGAACAAGGAGCUGCGCUGCCGCUCUCGCACCGACAUUUUCAAGAGCACCACGCACGCGAUGCUCCGCCUGCCCAGCUACCGCUUCCGCCGCCGCUCCCGCUCUUCGUCCCGCUCCACCGACCCCUCCCGCUCCCGAGACCCCUCACCUGUAGGAGGAGGUGGAGGCAAGAACUUCGGCCUGCCCCCGUCUGCGCUGCUUUCCCAGGGCCCCAUCUCAGUAUCCACUUUACCAAACCCCCACUCUCGCUCCCACACCGCCCUGGCAGGAGGCGACAUCUCUCUCUACACGUUGUCCCGUGACCCCAAACUGGGGGGGUUACCGCCCAUGUAUGGAACGGUGGACAGGGCCACGCUCUACCAGCUCCACAACUGCUUCCCAAAGGAUGGAGGGGGAGGGGGGGUCAUGAUGAGUGGUACACUUCCCUCGCUUAAGUCCCACAACCCUUCCAAUUCUUCCAACUCCAACGCGCCCAUGCCCAACUCGGUGGGCUCGGGCCCUCCGCCCUUCACCUCGUCCACAGUAGACAGGGAGCGAGGGAUGGGGACUCUGGACAGGCUGAAGGGAGACAGGGAGAGCAACUCUAACACCCUCAAUAGGAAGACAACGCCUGUGUAGAGAAAGGGUGUGAGAGGAGGAAGGGAGAGAAGGAGGAUGGGUAGUAAAGAAAGAGGGGAGAUAGAAGAGCUUUGUGUCCGUGUGGCUCAACAGGAAAUAGAUAGACCGACAGGUGAAAUACUAAAUCUCUCCCUCCAUGUUCACUGUUAUUUAGUCUGCUCAAACUCACUGAGAACAAAAAGAAGAUGAGUAAUAACAGAGUGAUAAUAACAACAACAAUGAACUUUCACAAUAAAACUAUUUUGAUAUUUUAACGUGCUAGAAAUGAUUUAUUUUGUUAAUGAUCAAACGCAAUUAACCUUGGGCUAUUAUGAAAAUGUUUCACAUAUUUUUUUGUGCAAUAUUUACUGCUAAUUAACCAGAUCAUCAUUAAUGUAAAAUUGUUGUUGUGAUUAUUCUUAGCGUUAUUACAGGCUAGCAGUAUUUGCAAACA